AUGUUCAGGAAUCAGUACGACACAGACGUGACGACAUGGAGCCCAACAGGUCGUCUGUUCCAAGUAGAAUACGCCAUGGAAGCAGUGAAGCAAGGCUCAGCCGCAAUUGGACUCAGAUCUCGCUCCCAUGUAGUCCUGGCGUGCGUCAACAAAGCCCAAUCUGAGCUCUCGUCGCAUCAGAAGAAGAUCUUCAAAGUGGAUGACCACAUAGGCGUCGCAAUCGCUGGACUCACAGCGGAUGGACGUGUUCUCUCCCGUUAUAUGAGACCGGAAGCUAUCAAUCACUCCUUCACAUAUCAGUCUCCACUUCCCGUUGGUCGUCUCGUUGUUCAUCUUGCUGAUAAGGCUCAGGUCUGCACCCAAAGAUCAUGGAAACGACCCUAUGGCGUGGGUUUGUUGGUAGGUGGACUGGAUGAGUCUGGAGCCCACCUUUACUACAACUGCCCCGGCGGAAACUACUUCGAGUAUCAAGCUUUUACUAUCGGUCCCGUUCUCAAGCUGCAAAGACCUACCUGGAACGCAAGUGUUGGUGAACCAUUCCACUUCUUGGACCAGGAAACGAUACAGAAAGUGAUCGAUACGUUUGAGAAAGUUGCAAAUGAAGAGGAAGGAGAAGGUGUGGCCGAACCUGCUGCACCCGCAGAAGAGGGUGGUGAUGGUACAGGUGACCAAGACGUGGCUCCAAUGGAAACGUAA